AGUAGUAGUAGUAGUAGUAGUAGUAGUAGUAGUAGUAGUAGUAGUAGUAGUAGUAGUAGUAGUAGUAGUAGUAGUAGUAGUAGUAGUAGUAGUAGUAGUAGUAGUAGUAGUAGUAGUAGUAGUAGUAGUAGUAGUAGUAGUAGUAGUAGUAGUAGUAGUAGUAGUAGUAGUAGUAGUAGUAGUAGUAGUAGUAGUAGUAGUAGUAGUAGUAGUAGUAGUAGUAGUAGUAGUAGUAGUAGUAGUAGUAGUAGUAGUAGUAGUAGUAGUAGUAGUAGUAGUAGUAGUAGUAGUAGUAGUAGUAGUAGUAGUAGUAGUAGUAGUAGUAGUAGUAGUAGUAGUAGUAGUAGUAGUAGUAGUAGUAGUAGUAGUAGUAGUAGUAGUAGUAGUAGUAGUAGUAGUAGUAGUAGUAGUAGUAGUAGUAGUAGUAGUAGUAGUAGUAGUAGUAGUAGUAGUAGUAGUAGUAGUAGUAGUAGUAGUAGUAGUAGUAGUAGUAGUAGUAGUAGUAGUAGUAGUAGUAGUAGUAGUAGUAGUAGUAGUAGUAGUAGUAGUAGUAGUAGUAGUAGUAGUAGUAGUAGUAGUAGUAGUAGUAGUAGUAGUAGUAGUAGUAGUAGUAGUAGUAGUAGUAGUAGUAGUAGUAGUAGUAGUAGUAGUAGUAGUAGUAGUAGUAGUAGUAGUAGUAGUAGUAGUAGUAGUAGUAGUAGUAGUAGUAGUAGUAGUAGUAGUAGUAGUAGUAGUAGUAGUAGUAGUAGUAGUAGUAGUAGUAGUAGUAGUAGUAGUAGUAGUAGUAGUAGUAGUAGUAGUAGUAGUAGUAGUAGUAGUAGUAGUAGUAGUAGUAGUAGUAGUAGUAGUAGUAGUAGUAGUAGUAGUAGUAGUAGUAGUAGUAGUAGUAGUAGUAGUAGUAGUAGUAGUAGUAGUAGUAGUAGUAGUAGUAGUAGUAGUAGUAGUAGUAGUAGUAGUAGUAGUAGUAGUAGUAGUAGUAGUAGUAGUAGUAGUAGUAGUAGUAGUAGUAGUAGUAGUAGUAGUAGUAGUAGUAGUAGUAGUAGUAGUAGUAGUAGUAGUAGUAGUAGUAGUAGUAGUAGUAGUAGUAGUAGUAGUAGUAGUAGUAGUAGUAGUAGUAGUAGUAGUAGUAGUAGUAGUAGUAGUAGUAGUAGUAGUAGUAGUAGUAGUAGUAGUAGUAGUAGUAGUAGUAGUAGUAGUAGUAGUAGUAGUAGUAGUAGUAGUAGUAGUAGUAGUAGUAGUAGUAGUAGUAGUAGUAGUAGUAGUAGUAGUAGUAGUAGUAGUAGUAGUAGUAGUAGUAGUAGUAGUAGUAGUAGUAGUAGUAGUAGUAGUAGUAGUAGUAGUAGUAGUAGUAGUAGUAGUAGUAGUAGUAGUAGUAGUAGUAGUAGUAGUAGUAGUAGUAGUAGUAGUAGUAGUAGUAGUAGUAGUAGUAGUAGUAGUAGUAGUAGUAGUAGUAGUAGUAGUAGUAGUAGUAGUAGUAGUAGUAGUAGUAGUAGUAGUAGUAGUAGUAGUAGUAGUAGUAGUAGUAGUAGUAGUAGUAGUAGUAGUAGUAGUAGUAGUAGUAGUAGUAGUAGUAGUAGUAGUAGUAGUAGUAGUAGUAGUAGUAGUAGUAGUAGUAGUAGUAGUAGUAGUAGUAGUAGUAGUAGUAGUAGUAGUAGUAGUAGUAGUAGUAGUAGUAGUAGUAGUAGUAGUAGUAGUAGUAGUAGUAGUAGUAGUAGUAGUAGUAGUAGUAGUAGUAGUAGUAGUAGUAGUAGUAGUAGUAGUAGUAGUAGUAGUAGUAGUAGUAGUAGUAGUAGUAGUAGUAGUAGUAGUAGUAGUAGUAGUAGUAGUAGUAGUAGUAGUAGUAGUAGUAGUAGUAGUAGUAGU